AUGGCUGAGCAGGAAAAUCGCGGAGGUCGUGGUCGUGGUCGUGGUCGUGGACGAAGAGGUCGUGGCGGCAGAGGACGCGGUCAACCUACCGAUGACGAUUAUUAUACUGAUGCGAGAGAUGCUGAAAUUGAGGAAAAGGACAGACGGAUCCAAGAACUCCAACAACUGCUUGCAGAGGCACAGUUGCACGGGUCAGAAAGGAGACAGGAAUCUGAACUGUCAUCUCUAGAGGAAGAGGAGGACGAAAAUCCAUUUUGGAACCGCGAAAGACCAAGGAGAGGUCGAACCGGUGAUCAACCCUUCACAUCCAAUUUUGGGAUGAAGAUUGAGAUUCCAGAGUUUGAGGGAUCAACUCACCCUGAUGUAUUCAUCGACUGGUUACACACCGUUGAGAGGGUUUUUGAUUUAAAAAACCUCACAGAUGAGCAAAAGGUGAAAUUAGUAGCAAUCAAAUUGAGGAAGCAUGCCUCAAUCUGGUGGGACCAUGUCAAGAAACAAAGAAUCAGAGACGGAAAGUCUAAAAUUCAAAGAUGGGACAAGAUGAAGAAAUUGUUGCAGCACAAAUUUUUGCCUGCUCAAUACAGACAAGAGGCCUUUAUUGAGUAUCACAAUUUCAGGCAACGUGAUCUUACGGUGGAACAAUACACCACUGAAUUUGAUCGUCUUCGAAUGCGUUGUGACAUGGUCGAAGAAGAUGAACAAGUGAUUGCUCGAUAUCUAGGUGGAUUGCGGGAUGAAAUUUCUGAUGUUGUGUACUUACAACAGUAUUGGUCUUAUGAAGAUGUGUGCAAACUGUCCUUGAAGGUGGAAGGACAAUGUAAAAGAAAGGGUGACCGUUCGAAGUUUCAAUCAAGAUUUCCUAGAAAGGAAUUCGGAGCUAAAUCAGUGAGUUCAUCAGCAACUUCACCUGCGGAAAGGGGUUCUACGCCUCAAAAAAAUAUUCCCAACAAGGAAAGGUCGAGUAAAGGAAGUAGUGCAGGGAAGAGAUGUUUCAAGUGCCAAGGAAUUGGACAUUUUGCUGCAGAUUGUCCAAAUAAACAGAUUGUGACAUUUGCAGAGGCUCCAAUUUUUGAUGAAGAACCAAUCUAUGACAAUGUCGAUGAACAAGAAGAAGCAGAAUCUGAAGAGGUGGGGAUUGUCUAUGCUGAUACCGGAGAAUCACUAGUCGUUCGGAGGGUCUUGAAUGUGGAUAUAGUGAAUGAUGAAACAUGGCUUCGACACAAUAUUUUCCACACCAAGUGCACCAGCGGGGGAAAAGUAUGCAGUGUGAUUAUAGACGGAGGGAGUUGUGAAAACGUGGUUUCUACCACUAUGGUAGAAAAAUUGGGGCUGAAAACAGAAGAACACCCACAACCGUAUAAGCUGUCUUGGCUAAAAAAAGGGAAUGAGGUGAAAGUAACCAAAAGAUGCCUAUUGUGUUUUUCAAUUGGGAAAAUAUAUUCAGAUGAAGUAUGGUGCGAUGUCAUUCCUAUGGAUGCUUGUCACAUUUUAUUAGGCAGGCCAUGGCAGUUUGAUAGGAAGACAAAACAUGAUGGUUUAAAAAAUACUUACACCUUUAAGAAGGAUGGCCACCUUAUUAAACUAGCACCUUCAGAUUGGAGGAAGGAAGCAAAGAAUUCUUUGCUGUCCAAGUCAGAAAUUUUAGAACUGGCAAAAUUCGCAGAUGUAAUGCCAGAAGAAUUGCCGCCUGGAUUACCACAUGAAGAAGUUGACUAUUGA